CAAGUCUGGUCAUGCGGUUGCUAGCUAUUUAAGCCAAGAGAGGGCAAUGGGCUGCCCCUAGGGGGGCUACAGUUCUGCAGACAGAGAGAAGCAGCAUGCACUGUCAGAGCAUGUGGCGAGUGGGUCUCCUGGUGGUGACUUUGUGUGCCACCCUAACAUUGGCCCAAUUUCCAAGAGAGUGUGUCACCCCUGAGGGGCUGCAGAGUGGCCAGUGCUGCCCAUCCCCUACAGGGACAGUGGGGGACGAGUGUGGCGCUACCACAGGAAGGGGGCAAUGUGUAACCAUCACGGCUGACAACCGGCGCCACGGACCCCAGUACCCUCAUGAUGGGCGAGAUGAUAGAGAGAGGUGGCCGCUGCGAUUUUUUAACCGGUCAUGCCAGUGUAAUGGAAAUUUCACUGGGUACAACUGUGGGCGCUGUCGACACGGUCUGACAGGUCCGAACUGUGACCAGAGGAUCUCUGUGGUAAGGAGGAAUAUCAUGCAGAUGAGUGCAGCUGAGAAGCAGGCAUUUGUGAAUGCCUUGGACCAGGCUAAGAGGACUAUCCACCCUGACCUAGUCAUCUGUACAAGGAGGUACCAGGAGGUGUUUGGGCCUGAUGGCAACACCCCCCAGUUUGAGAACAUCACAAUAUACAACUACUUUGUUUGGACCCACUACUAUUCUGUGAGUAAGACCUACCUGGGAGCCGGUCAGCCCAGCUUUGGAGGGGUGGACUUCUCCCACGAGGGCCCAGGCUUUGUCACCUGGCACCGCUAUCACCUGCUGCAACUGGAGAGAGACAUGCAGGACAUGCUGGGGGACCCGACCUUCGCUCUGCCCUACUGGAACUUUGCCAUCGGUGGCAGUGAGUGCGACAUCUGUACCGAUGACCUGGUGGGAGCCAGGAGCAGCUUCGAUGCGAGCGCCCUCAGCUCCAACUCCGUGUUCUCCCAGUGGAGGGUCAUCUGUGAGAGUGUGGAUGACUACGACACUUUGGGCACCAUCUGCAACAACACAGAGACUAGUCCUAUCAGGAGGAACCCAGCAGGUAAUGUGGCGCGGCCCAUGGUGCAGAGGCUGCCGGAGCCCCAGGACGUGGUGGACUGUCUGGAACUCAACACCUUUGACACUCCUCCUUUCUACUCCACCUCCUCUGAGAGCUUCAGGAACACCAUUGAAGGCUACAGUGCCCCUCAAGGGAUGUAUGAUCCUGUAGUCCGCAGCCUCCACAAUCUGGCUCACCUGUUCCUGAACGGGACAGGCGGACAGACUCACCUAUCCCCCAAUGAUCCCAUCUUUGUGCUGCUGCACACCUUCACUGAUGCAGUUUUUGAUGAGUGGCUCCGCAGGCACAUACCAGGUGAGGCAGUGUACCCUGAGGAGAAUGCUCCUAUUGGUCACAACCGCAGGUUCAACAUGGUUCCUUUCUGGCCUCCGAUCACCAAUGCUGAGAUGUUUGUGUCUGCUCCAGAAAACCUCGGAUAUUCCUACGAGGUCCAGUGGCCUACUCGUGCCUAUACUCUGUCUGAGAUCAUCACCAUUGCAAUUGUUGCUGCGGUGCUGGUUGUGGCAGUGGUGGGUGGUGUCAUUGCCUGUGCUGUGCGCGCCCGCUCAUACCGUUCAGCUGAGGCCCUGGAGCCACUCCUGGGAGAGACCUUCCGACGCUACUCAGAGGACGACCGCAGGAUGGACAAAUCACAAUCCGUUGUCUAGAUGGAUGCCUUUCUAGAAAGGCCAUAACCUUUUCAUGCAUUUGUUUUGUUUUUUUUUAUUCCCCCAUUCUCCUAAUAAAGUUUUACCAGUUUUGA